AUGGCCUCCUUCAUCGAAUCCCUCUGGGACUCCAUCUUCACGCCCGGCCCGACCCCGACCCUCCUCCGCGCCGCGAACGCCACCUUCCUCGCCCUCCAGCUCCUCCUCCUGAUCCUCCUCUUCGCGACCUACUCCGUCCACUUCGUCGUGCUCUCCUGCCUGUGCGCCGGCCUCUGGCGCGCCAUCAACUGGUUCGCCGAAGAGCUCCGCCUCGCCCAGGAGAUCGAAGAGGAGCAGCAACAGAAACAAGAAGAACAAGAAAAACAACAACGCGACGACUCCGCCGCAGCCACCACGGUGACGAGCGACGACGACACCGAGGUGGAAACCACCGCCACCGGCGCCGCUACGGCCGCGUCGUCCAGGACCGCGGCGACCAAGCGUGGCGUCAAGAACCGCAAGCCGCCCAGCCGCGAGGCCGAGGCCGAGGCGGAAGAACAAGGGGAAGAAGGCGCGGCGCCUUCUGCUGCUGCUGCUGUCGUCGGGUCCGUAGCGGGCGGUGCGGGUUCGGCCUCCGGUACCCAGUCGAGCGCGAGCACGGAAGACGAGUGGGAGAAGGUAUCGGAGAACGAGAACGAGAAGGAUAAAUGA